AUGGGAUCUUGGGCUGCAUGGAAUGGACAAACAUUUGAAAACUUACACAUGGUAUAUUGGGAAGGUGAUACAUGUUCGAAUGAACUAAAUCAAGAAUUAAUAGUUUAUGUUCAAUAUGGAAAGAAAAGCAGAAUUAUUUUAGUACGAGAAACAAGCCAAUGUAAACUUUAUAUGGUUUUUGAAACAAAACUCGUCUGUGAACAAUAUAAUUUAGAUGCAGAAAAGUGA